AGGCAGGGCGGGGCCGGCGCGACGGGAAGGGGAGGCCGCGCGGGCCCCGCGCCGCGCCGCGCCAGCCCGGCUGCAGCCGCCGCGCACCGAGCGCCGCCAUGGGACUGGAGACCGAGAAGGCAGACGUCCAGCUCUUCAUGGACGACGACUCCUACAGCCGCCACAGCGGCGUCGACUACGCCGACCCCGAGAAGUUCGCGGACGCGGGCUCGGAUCGGGAUCCCCACCGGCUCAACUCGCAUCUCAAGGUGGGCUUCGAGGAUGUGAUCGCAGAGCCCGUGUCCUCGCACUCCUUUGACAAAGUGUGGAUUUGCAGCCAUGCCCUCUUUGAAAUCAGCAAAUACGUGAUCUACAAGUUCCUGACAGUGUUCCUGGCCAUUCCUCUGGCCUUCGCUGCGGGGAUUCUCUUUGCCACCCUCAGCUGUCUGCAUAUCUGGAUUUUAAUGCCUUUUGUAAAGACCUGCCUAAUGGUCCUGCCUUCAGUGCAGACAAUAUGGAAGAGCAUGACAGAUGUUGUCAUUGCCCCGUUGUGUACAAGCAUUGGACGCAGCUUCUCUUCUAUCAGCUUGCAGCUGAGCCACGACUGAACACUUGGACCCCAAGUCUGGAGAUUUGGAUACUCUAAUAUUUCUUUGUUGUUAUAACGUAAAAGUACUACUGUUCUGUUCAUUUCCCAACUGUUCUAAUUAAGAAAACUAUUAAACUAUUUAGAAAUGCUUAUUGGCGAAUCUUUUUAAAUAAUGCUUUUCUGAUUAAUAGCCAGGGAUUUCAUGUCUGACUUUAUAACCAAAAUUACUCAGUAGGUUGGCAACACUUAAUUUUAAAGGCAGACAGUUUUUGCUUUAGUACAAAACUAUAUAUUUUAUAAUGAUGAAUUUAUAAUGAUCAAUGGACAUUUCUUCCAAAUGCUACAAUAGUUUUGUGCACAAAUGUUCAUAAAAGUAUGUAAUUUCUUCUUGUUUUACUCUGGAAGUAAUACUUUUAAAACUACCUUUGCAGAUAAAGUCAUGGGACUACUUAGAGAUAAGGUAUACAGAGAUCCUAAAAAUUACAGUAACAAGCAUACAGUGGUAAUAGGGGCUAUCACAUAUAAUAAUACAAAUAAAUGUGAAAAUAGAUUCAUGAAAACCUGUUCCUUUAAAUGAGGUAUUGUUAACCUAUGGGCCUAUUUAAUAAGAUAUUUCAUUUUCCUGUAUAUUUUUUACUUAAUGUAAAUGUUGCUCUAAUCAGAUUGCACUCAAUCAUUUUUAUUAUAUUUGUUAUUUUGUUGAACUAAUAUGCAGAAUGAGUAGAGGUAUCUCCUAUGAAGAACUUCAUUGGUGAGACUGCACUGUCUUGAUUAUGUAAACAUAUAUAUCUUCUUUGGGAUUAGAAUGUAAAAGAGUAUUAUACAGGCUUUUCUUUCUAACUUUUCUAAACAAUAUCCUGAAAUGUUUUAUGACUGAUGCUUAUCUGGCUGUGACCUUAGAAUAUCCAAAUCUAAUUGGUUUUUCCUCUGGGAGAUGUUUUUUAUCAUGUAGUUAGAAAUUAAACCUGUAUUCUGCAUUCCUAUUAAUGUUUCAUUUUACCUUUGAUUGGUGCUAUUUAAUAACAUUUUAUAACAAAAGCUGUUUCUGACACUUAUGUGUAAUUUCAACUACAAUGAUUCAUAGAGAGAGCGACUUAGAGGAAAGUUGUAAAUUUGCUGAGUCCAUGCAACUGAGCUAUAUAUAUAAAUUGAAAACUAACAAAUACAAACUUUCAAGAUGUUGUCUAAUAUGGGUUUUGUUACAAAAUAAGGUAUUCUUAUCAUUUUUGAGUGUUAGAGUCCUAUUUCAGUGUUAUGUCACUGUUUAAAAAAUCUCAUUAUUCCAGAAUGAUAGACAUACAAAAGUUGUCUAUAAUGUAAGUGGUUACAAUUUACACAUCUUAAAAGUAUAUAAAUACUCAAAUUUCAGAAAUACUAUCAGAACCUGAUUUCACAUUCCUUUAAGUAAUCUUCUUAGAUAACAAAUCUUCAUUGAAUGAAGAUUAAUUUUACUUUUCCAAAUUACUACAACUGAUAUAUACAAAGGAUGAUUAAACUGGAAUACUACUGGGGAAUUGAAGCAAAUGAAUGAAUGAUUAUGUCAUGAAGCUCAUAUCCUUUUGAAGGUAGCUACAGAAGAGAAUUUUUUAAAGUGCUGUAUGCCAUUGUAGCAUCCUUUAAAGACUCUCAGGAUCGUUACUUACAAUAGUACCACUCAUUUGGCUGUGUAGGUUUUAUCACAUUAGUUUAAAAGGUCAAUCAGUCUCCUGACUUUAUAGUUAUACCUUACAUUUUAAGUGUUUUUAAAAAAUACUUGAAUAUGUUGAUUGGCCCAAAGAAUUUGAUUAAUGAAAUAUCUAAAUAAACCACGAGCUUCUAUCUUUUCAAAUAACUGUUAGCAACUUUUAAGCCAAAAUAUAUAUACAUAGUGAUAUAAUGAAAUUUAUUAACUUCUAACAAGUGAUGCAUAUAAUUUCCUUAUUUCUGGAUAGCACUGAUUACUUUUAAAAUGAACUUUUAUUGAGAUUUGCCAUUAACUUUUAUUUCAAAGAUUGAAGUUUAAUACCAAGUGGACCCAGGUUUCAUAUGCAAGCAUGCUGGUUCUUUUACUUGGGGAAUAGGAGACAGGCAGGUGAUGAGGAGACUAUCCCAAUAUCCAUAAUAAACUUUCUAAAAAUCUGUAA